AUGCAACUUUACAAUGAGAGUAUUGCAACUUUGGAACAAUUAUCAAUUCUUCGUGCUUGGGCUAAAGUAUAUAUUUGUGCUAUUGAACAAUGGAAGAAGCAGACAACAUCAAAAGAAGAAUCCUCAAAUACAAAUAAUUCUCUUUUAGUUUUGGUAGAGCCUUCUUUAAAUAUUUUAAUAAAACAUUGGUUUGCUGUUCUUCGAGAUUUUUCAAUUCUUUCAUUACCUCAAAAUAUUUUGGACGAUUUGAAGGAAUCUGGAUUUGAUGGAGGAGGAACUUUUUUCACAGCAGAUAGCAUUGAGUGUUGCAAAGAGCAUUAUUACACUUCUUGGCCAUUAAUUUUACUGGCUUGUUCAGUAUGGAUGCGUUAUGGGCAAAAUCCUCAAAAUCCUAAAGAUUAUGCAAUUAAAGAAAAGUCUAAUUUUCAUUUAAUUCUUGGAAUUUGUAUGGAUUUUUUGUCAAAUAAUUCUAAAAGGGAAGAUGAAAGACCUAUUCAACUUUGUCUUUCUUCUAUAGAAAAUUUAUUGGAAUGUGAAAAAUUACAGUUAGAAUUGAUGUCUGAUGUUAGAAUGCCUAUUGAGCUUUUGAAUCUGCUUUACAAGUAG